GGACAAAAGGCGUAAUACUUAAAAAACAAUUAAUUCACACAAAUUGGUUUGCGUAUCUCCCCUAUAAAUUACAAGACUAAUUUCCAUUGUUUUCUCCAACUACCCUUUUUUAUGUUCUCUCUCUUACUUACCAACCAAAAUGAAGAUUAAUUUGUUUGAUAAAAGUAUGAGUGCUCUUUCUCUUCUUCUUCUACUAGCAGUUAUAGCAAGUCUAACAGUCACAGCAAAUGGUUGUGAUGAGGAGUUAUCGAGUGUGGUAAGGCGCAGGAGAACAAAAUCAAUCAAGGGUUGUAAUAUUUUCAAAGGAAGUUGGGUAUAUGAUGCAUCAUAUCCACUUUAUGAUGCAAAAACUUGUCCGUUCAUUGGAACUGGUUUCGAUUGCCAGAAAAAUGGAAGGCCUGAUAAGUAUUAUCUCAAGUAUAGAUGGCAACCUAAUGGCUGUGAUCUUCGAAGGUUUAAUGGAAAAGCUCUACUGGAGAGAUGGAGGGGAAAAAAGAUAAUGUUUGUCGGGGACUCAUUAAGCUUCAAUCAAUGGGAAUCACUAACAUGCAUGCUUCAUUCUGCGGUGCCUCAAUCCAAGUACACCCUCGUUACUAAAGGCACCCUCUCCGUCUUUUCAUUUCCGGAGUAUGAGACAUCAGUGAUGAUGAUGAAAAAUGGAUUUCUGGUAGAUGUAAUAAGCAAUCAAGUUGGAAGAGUACUCAACUUGGAUUCAAUUAAAACUGCUUCUACCUGGUUAGGUGUUGAUGUCCUCAUUUUCAACUCUUACCACUGGUGGACUCACAGAUGGGAUUAUUUCAUGGUUGGAGGGAAGCUUUUGAAAGGCAUGGACCAUAUGAAAGCCUUCAAAAUCGCAUUGACAACUUGGGCUAACUGGAUCGACGCUAACAUCGACACUACAAAAACUCAAGUUUUCUUCCAAGGAAUUUCAGCUGCUCAUAUGAAUGGAAGCGAAUGGAAACAGCCAAGAGCCAAAUUUUGUCGACGACAAACACGACCAGUAAGAGGGUCAGUGUAUGCAGGGGGUCGCCAUCCUGGAGAAGCCAUCAUAAAGAGUGUACUCAACAACAUGAAGAGGCCUGUUCAUUUACUUGACAUUACUCUUCUUACUCAAUUAAGAAAAGACGGCCACCCUUCUACUUACGCGGGUCUCAAAUUAGUCGAUUGUAGUCAUUGGUGUCUCCCUGGUGUUCCCGAUACUUGGAAUCAACUUCUCUAUUCUAUUUCGAUUCAACAAUAGUUUCACAUUACUUGAAAUUAAAUUUAUUCACAAUUUAUUAUCAAUAUCGCGGCUUUCUUUAAUUGUGUUUUUUGAAUUACAUCAUGUAGAGAUGUUCGUUUUGUCUCAACAAAUCUUUGUUUUGAGAAUUGAAUCACAUAAUGGUAAAUUUUUGUCUCAACUAGUAGAUAAUGUGUGAUAAUU